AGCUGAAGCAAAAGCCAAAGCUCAAUCCCAUCAUCAUCAUUGUGCCAAUAGAGCCACCCCUGACACAUUUCAUGAUUGCACAUAUCACCACCUUAUUUCUCUCUCAUCCUAUAGAUAUAUAUGUUUGUAUGUAUAUAUACAUAUGUAGACAUAUAGGUGGUGCUGAUGGUUUCUCUGAGCAGUGCACAGUGAAUUAAGCUCUGAAUCAGCUAAAGGGAAAUAAAAAGGCAGUGAAAAAACCAAAACCCAUUUAGAAUCACUCUACUUUGUCCCUCUGCCAUAUCCCAUCAACGAUUUCCAGAGAGAAAAGUUUUUUAGAGAGAGAAAAUGGGUGAAAAGGAUGAUGGUUUGGGGUUGAGUUUGAGUUUGAAAUGCUCGGAAAAUUAUCCACCGCCACCACCGCCGCCGCUGACGGUUGUUGCCAGUUCGAACGGUGCGACUGCAACUGCGACACGUUUUCCGUUGAAUCUGUUGCCUUCUACUCCUUUGUCAUUUGUUCAACAACGGCAUCAUGUUGCGACGAAUCAUCAGAAGCUUUCGUUCAUGAUCAAUCAUGCUGCACCUUCAUCUUCUUCUGUUCUUCCGCCUGAUCUGAAUGCGGAAACGAGAUCUUACUCACGAGGAGGAAUAGACGUUAACCGGCUCCCGUCGACGUCAACUCUGGUGGCGUUAACGGCGGAGCGCGACGACGAAGCAUUGGUUUCCUCCCCGAACAGCACGGUGUCGAGCGUGAGUGGGAAGAGAGUCGAGCGUGAGGAGAAUGAGGCGGAGCGAGAAUCAAGCUCGCACGGGAUCAGUGGUGAUGAUGACGACGACGGUGGAGAAGCAUCGGCGGCGAGGAAGAAGCUCCGGCUAUCAAAGGAUCAGGCGGCCGUGCUCGAAGAAACAUUCAAGGAGCACAACACUCUCAAUCCGAAGCAAAAACUAGCCUUAGCAAAACAGCUGGAUCUGAGGCCAAGGCAGGUGGAAGUAUGGUUUCAAAACAGAAGGGCUAGAACGAAGUUGAAGCAGACCGAGGUCGAUUGUGAGUAUUUAAAGCGUUGUUGUGAUACGUUAACGGAGGAAAACAGACGUUUGCAAAAGGAAGUCAACGAGCUAAGAGCUCUUAAAUUGUCUCCACAAUUUUACAUGAACAUGAAUCCUCCGACAACAUUGACAAUGUGCCCUCAAUGCGAGCGUGUAGCGGUAUCAUCAUCAUCAUCAUCCUCAUCUGCGGCCGCCACAUCAUCUGCAGUCGGUUCAACUGGCCUCCCUAAAGCCCUCCAUCAUGGAUCGAUGACCGCCAACCACCAAAAGCAAAACAAUCCAUUCCUCCCACGAGCCACCAUCAUACCCCAUCGCCCGCAUGAAGCACACCAUCCCAGAUGGUGAAAUUACCAAAUUACCCUUCAUAUGGGUAUAAGUAGGGAAAUGUGAGAUUGAUGGGAGGAGAUGGGAAGGGAAUGAUUUGGUUGGAUUAAAGUGAAGAUUUGAUGUAGGAAUGGGAGGGGGACAAUGUGGGAAUUGGUUUUGUAUUUGUGUUGGUGUUUUUCUUUUGGUUUAAUUUAUUUGGAUUUUGAUGGUUUGCUUUUAGAAUCUAAGUUUAGUCAUGAGUCAUGAUAUGCCUAUAUUGUGUCUUCCCCCAUGCCAUUUUGUAUGUGGGACCACACAGUUUGAGGAUAACAUGAUUGAUAUGUACAUACUUCCUACUAUUAAAAUAUGUUUGUGUUCCUUA